AUGGCUACCCGUAUCCAAUUCGAGAACAACAGCGACAUCGGUGUCUUCUCCAAGCUCACCAACAGCUACUGCCUGGCUGCAAUUCAAGGCAGCACAAACUUUUACUCCGCCUUCGAGGCCGAGCUCGGGGAUGUUAUUCCCAUCGUGCACACCAGCAUCGGUGGCACCCGCAUCGUUGGGCGUAUGACAGCAGGUAACCGACAUGGACUGCUCGUCCCCUCAACGACUACCGACCAGGAGCUUCAACACCUCCGCAAUUCCCUGCCCGACGCCGUCGCGAUCCAGCGCAUCGAGGAGCGACUAUCUGCACUCGGCAACGUGAUUGCAUGCAACGACUAUGUCGCGCUCGUGCACCCUGAUGUCGACCGUGAGACGGAGGAGAUCAUCGCCGAUGUGUUGAAGGUCGAGGUCUUCCGUCAGACUAUCGCCGAUAACGUCCUCGUGGGCUCGUAUUGCGUCAUCACCAACCAGGGAGGCUUGGUACACCCCAAGACAAGUAUACAGGACCAGGACGAGUUGAGCAGCUUGUUGCAAAUACCGCUCGUCGCUGGCACUGUGAAUCGUGGUUCGGAUGUCAUUGGCGCCGGGCUGGUCGUGAACGACUGGUGUGCGUUUACCGGUCUGGACACAACGGCGACGGAGAUCAGCGUCAUCGAGGCGACCUUCAAGCUCCAGGGCCAGGACUCGAACGCAGUCAUCGGCGAGAUGCGCGACACGCUCAUCGACAACUGGGCUUAA